UCAGCUCCUCUGCUCUGGGUGGAGUGAAGUUUUUUAGACAUGUACUAUAACAAAUUAGCCAAGAGGACUGCAGUAUGGCUGAGUGAGACACAAUCAGGGGAUUGAACACAUCUUUUUGAAAUCAAUCCUGAUCGAUUCAGACCCGUUAGCUGAGAUGAGUGAUGUGAGUGAAGACGCGCUGCUGGAUUAUUUCUACUCCACCGGAGGAAAUUCAGGCAGAGUGAAAAAUGCAGAUAUCCUGAAGAGGUUUAAGCCCUUUAUUGGCCACAGUGACUUGCAGUUACGUGCUAAAUACAGAGAAGAAUUCAAGCUCGUCAUUGACCGGAUCGCUGUGGUGAAGUCAGAGAACGGUGAGAAGUAUCUCGUCCUGAAGAAGAAAUACAGACAAAUGCUGCACGACCGGGAUGUCAAAAAUUCGGGACCCAACGGGGACAAACAGGGACGUUCGAGCCCGGCAAGGACUACCGCCACUGUGGCAUGGGACUCUACGGAUGCUUUGACUUCUACUCUCCACCUGAAGGAAGCGCAGGAUGAGCCGAUGCUGUGCGGAGAGGCAGAGGACCAGAACACGCCUCCUGACAUCCAAAUCCAGGAACCCUCGGAGCACAGCAACGGGGACGAUGAGCUGGAUAAGGACUCGGGGUCAAAGUCAGAGUCUGAGCAGGACGAGGAGAGUACGGGCAGUAUGGGCUCUGCUGCUGUCGCUCUGGAUCCCAUAGAGAAGGAGUGGAUCUACUCUGCGGCCGGUGCUCGGGUCCCUGACCUCUCUCAGCUGCUCAGGCAGGACCCGUCACUGGCAAACAAGAAGGACUUCACAUCAGGGUUUACGGCGCUGCACUGGGCUGCAAAACACGGCAGUGAGGACAUGGCCACCCUGGUGGCUAACGCCGGGGCUGACGUCAACACCAAAUCACAUGGGGGAUACACACCUUUGCACAUCGCAGCAUUGCACGGUCAUCAGCAUAUUCUAGACCUGCUCGUAGGAACAUACGGUGCUAAAGAAAACUUAAGGGACUACAGCGGCCAUCUCGCCUGCCAAUAUCUAAAAAUCAAAGAACCAGAGGCUCCAGAGGAAGACUGCGAGCUGCAGUUCCAGGUCACUCAGGCCAGAGAGCGGAAUAAGAACAGGAAGUUGGGGUCGUUGUUUCACUCGAAGAAGAAGUGGGGUUCAGCGGAGGAGCUCGCUGCGAUAGAGGAGGAGAGGACGGCUCCGCAUCAGCUCGCACUUCCUGCUUUCAGACCCAGAAAAUUCUCCCGCUGAGGCACCAACUGCAGAAAUCUGACCCAACACUCACAUACCAAACUAAUCUGUACAAUCACACACAUAAUUUAAACCUUCAUGUAUACACAGAGGACGUGUUUAUAGAGGUAUAUGAUGUAAACACAAUCACACACACGCGCAGAUAAACCUGAACUACUGGUCUCAGUAACGAACAAAGAUCCUUUAACUUUGAAUAGAAGUCGUACUUUGCCUAAAUGUGUAUUAUAAAUUUGAAAGCUUACCACUAAAGUAUUCCUAAAAGCCUUUAAAAUGUUAAGUUGUUGCUAACUGUUACUUAUGCCUUAUAAUAUCUAAACCAGCUCAGGCCAUAUUAGUUCUUUAAGCUCUAUUGGUUUAGCAGUGAGCAGCUUUGGGCUGACGAGGGUCGAUGUGGUCUACAGUCAGUUUUACUUUCACUGUCUACAAACCAAUGAAAACACCAGAAGUACCUUCUGAAGGACUGCAGCUUUAAAAACAGGUCACAUAUACAGUAUGUUCAUGUUUUGAUUUCUUGAAAAGCUCAGUGAUUUUCUUAAGUUAACUCAGCAGGAGGAGAGAGUUUGCUCAGGACGUUUUUAAGCUUCAGGUUUGACAUUUCUUGCAACAUGACGGUUACAGUGAGUCCAAAUAGCUGCAGUGCAUUUCAUUUAUAAGAAAGUUGUCAUCAAAUGCAAUUGCAUGGCUUCUAUAAAUAAAAAUGAAGCUUUAUCAGGCUUUUUAAAACAACUACAAAUCCAGUUAUAUAUAUAUUGUUUUCAGGAUACUCAGAUUUGUUGUCAGGAAGAAAAAUGUACAAAACAUUAGCCCCAAAACGUAUCCUCUAAAAAAUGCACUGUGGUUUUGCGUAUAUCAGCCUUUAAAAGAUCAUUUGUACUUAUAUAUUUCACUACAACAUGUUAGACUGAUUUCCCACACACCCAUUGAAGUAGUUUUAAAAAUACACUCCUGAAAAAUUCCAGAAAUCUCAGGACUGCUUUUGAAGUUUUCCAAAGUUGCUUAUUCACACAUGUCCCAAACAGAGUGAAUUUCUCUGUCAGAAAGGAGGAGGUUCUCAGGAGGCAAGACUUGAUGUUAAAAGGAGGGAUGGGUCAUGAUUAUCACAUAUAAAAUAUUCAUACAUUUAUUUUUAAGAAUCUAUAAGGUUGUAUGAGUAUUUUCUCAUUUUAAAAUAUAAAAAAAUAACAGUUUUGGACAGUUUGGUGACAGAUUCCUGCCGUCAUAUCACUGCUAUCGGUUAAUGGAUGUAUUCAUGACAGUAUCAAUGAGUGUGUGGUAAAGAAUAUUCUGGCAAGCAGAAGAGAUUAGAGAGAGUUUGUUUCGUGCCCCAAAGUUCCACUCGUCACAAGAUUAAGCAUCAUUACCCCUCCCACUGGCUUGCAGGGAACUUUCCUGUAGCCUCACAUAAAGCUCACCAUGAAAUUCUCGCAGGGGUUUACACAUGCAUCCCACCCAGAUCAUAUCAGGAAUUUCUCUGUCAUACAGGAGGAGGUUCUCAGGAGGCAAGACUUGAUGUUAAAAGGAGGGAGAGGUCAUGAUUAUCACAUUUAAAAUAUUCAUACAUUUAUUUUUAAGAAUCUAAAAGGUCGUAUGAGUAUUUUCUCAUUUUAAAAUAUAAAAAAAUUAACAGUUUUGGACAGUAUGGUGACAGAUUCCUGCCGUCAUAUCACUGCUAUGUGUUAUUAGACAUAUUUGUGACAGUGUCAACGAGUGUGUGGAAGAGAAUAUUCUUGGAAGAGUCUAUUUCGUGCACAAAUGUUCACUCGUCUCAAGAUUAAGCAUCAUUACCCCUCCCAUCCCACUAGCUCACAGGGAACUUUCCUGUCGUCUCACAUCAGCUCACCCUGAAAUUCUCCCAGGGGUUUAAGAGGGACAACCAGAGGGGGGAAAUGUGUCAGGUUGCGUUCACACAUGCAGCCCACCCAGAUGAUUUCAGGAAUUUUUCAGGAGUGUAGUCCAUGUGUGAAUACAGCUUAUGAAUGAAAAUGCAGAAACAUUUUUGGAUGAAAUUAGAGUCUAUCAUCCUCAAAUCAUAACUUAGCUGUCAGCCAACAGACUGCAAAUGUUAUUAUUAAACUAUGUAUUAUAUUUUAAUGAGGUAAGACAGUUGACGCAUUUUACCAAAUUUCCCCUAACUUACUAGAAAAAAUCUGCACCAUCUGCAUCACUACGCCUCCUUCAAAACCUUGUGCCUCAGACUGCUGGUUUAACUUUAAGUCAUGCUUUGUUAACUUCUUCAAAUUGCACUAUGACAUUUAAAAUUUCCUCGGUUCUACUUUUAAAAUGGUGCAAAAAGUGUUUUUGCAUCGCUUCAGACUUCAUUUUCAUUGGUUGUAAAAUAUUCUCUUUGAAGUUAUUUGUUCUUAAUCCAGUGCCACUGUAAACAUCUUGAAAUUCAUUGUAAUCUGCCUCUGUUACAUAUUUGCACAGUAUUUAUAUGAUGAAGAUAUUUUGGUAUUAAACUGUAUUUUAU